AUGCGCGACCCGACGACCCGAAGUGCGGGCGAAGGUCGGGAGAAAAAGUCUUCGUGGACAGAACCCAAUAUGUUGGUCCGAUCAGAUCCACACUGCUUUAGACUCAAUUAUCCACACACCGUCUACACUGCUAGCGACAGAAUCCGACGGAGGGAGAUCAUACAAGAGAAAGUGAUACAAAAUGGUCACCCUAGGGAUGACGCCAGGAAGAGGCAUAACAUAAUAGAUGUGUUCACAGGAACAUGUGUUUUACGGGUGCACACCAAACACGUAGACGGAUUACCUGAUGGUCGGUUCGGUCGGUUCGGUGAAAAGCAAUCGGCGCCGCCCAACGACACGGGUAACUCCAAAGGAGUUACUAUAGGUGCAUUGCCGGCCUCUUUAGGUCUAUUAGGGAUUUAA